AUGCAAAUCUUGGCGUACCUGGCUGGCGCCUUUCUUGUCGCCCAGCAUGCGACUUGUUCACCUAUCGCGAAAAGCCUUGAUCUUUUUCGCUUUUACUAUCGCGCGUUACCGAAAGAUCAAGUUUCGAACUGUACAGUGCCAAAUUGCAAAGCAGUAGAGUGUCGUCAGGGAUUUAAAACAGAUGUAUGGACAGGAUGCGACGAUGUACUUGCCCAAUUCCAGUUGACCUUAGAAGAAUUCAAGCUUGGGAACCCUGCCAUUGGUGACGAGUGUGAUGGUUUCGUCCCUGGAGAGACUUAUUGUGUUGUUCGUAAUCAUACUCACACGUGGUUUCUGGAAGCGUUUAAUGUGCCAAGGAAUAUCGCCGACGAUGGUAUAUGUGGCCAACAGAUCAACUUCUCGAAGACGUGCGUCGGAAGCGACUUUGGCGACUGCUGCGGCCUGGACGGAAAGUGCGGCUCCGGCGACGAGUACUGUGGUGACAGCUGUCAAGACGGCAACUGCUUUGGCGGUACAACAGCGACUUCUUCCAACGCAGCGAAACGAUCAGUGACAAAGAAGCCGCUUUUCAUCUCUGAAAAUGGGCACUGUGCCUACAGUAGUGGCUUCACAUGCAAAGGAUCCAAACUUGGUGACUGCUGCUCAGCUGCUGGCUACUGUGGAGAUGAUAAGUAUCAUUGUGAUACGUAUCUAGGCUGUCAGCCAGAAUUUGGCAAGUGUACUUGA